GCCGACCAUGUAAAGCCGCUCUGCGAGGUCUUUAAGGACAAAGCUGCCGACUCGAUCAUCCCGCUGUACCUGCGGCUACUCACAGACGCAGAAGUGGAGGUUCGCACCGUAGCCGCGGCCAGGGUAGCUGACGCAGCGGCUGUGUCGCCUACCAAGGAGUUCUUGGAGACGCUGAUGCCCGCUCUUGAGCGGCUGACAGCGCCCAGGGAGCAGAGCCAACACGUUCGCGCCUCUUUGGCGGGGAGCGUGCUCCAACUCUGCGCAAUCUUCGGCAAGCAGCUGACUGUAGACUAUCUCAUCAAUAUCGUUUUGCAGCUGAUCAGGGACGAAUGCCCGGAAGUUCGGCUGCAGCUGAUUAGCACGCUGGAGCAUCUCUCCUCCACGGUCGGAGUGGAUGUUCUUGCCCAGUCUCUUCUGCCCUCCAUCAAGGAGCUUGGCAAAGACCGGCAGUGGCGAGUUCGUCUUUCCAUCAUCAAGGUUAUGCCCGACUUGGCAAAGUACCUCGGCGAGCCUAAUGGGCUCAUGUCUCUGUGUCGGCGUCGCGUGCUGUCACAGCUUCCGUGGACGACUGCGGUUGUGUCUGCGGCAGUUGCGAUCGGGCUGCUUGUUGUGCAUGUGACCUUUGGAUGUGUUGCCCUGGCGGUGUGGGGAUAUUUCUUCGGGUAUUAUGUUCUGAGAAGCCAGUCGUCUCCAUAUCCCCUCCAGAUUCGUGCAUCCGUGGCUAUUGCCUUGCUGGUUUGUACCUCUGUGGUCACCGCUGCAGCCUGGCUCUUCCUGGGCGGCUCGGACGGCUGUCGUGCUUUCGAUCCGGAGAUGAAGACCUCAUUCGGUUACAAGUUUGAUCAGUUCUGGACACUUCUGUGCUUCCGUCAUGCGGUGAACUGGUUUCUGACCGUGAUUGGAGUAUGCCUAGUACUGGCCGAUCACCCGCAGUCAACUUAUAUCCGUGACUGCAUCAGGUGUCUUCUAUACUUGUACACUAGUCAGAUUGUAGCCACCCUUGGCAACACGUGGAUUGCCUGUGCCGGUGCAGACGAGAACAAUGAUGGCGUAAGGGAUUCCUUCCUGGAGGGUUCUGUGAACAUGCAGGAGUCACUAAUAGCAGGACUACAAGUAUCCGGCAGGUUGUUGCUUGUUCUUUCUGGCAAUUGGUUUCUUCAGAUCGUCGUGAAAAUGAUGAGGGCUCUUGAGGCAGCGUUCGAAGAGCCUUUGCCUUGUUUCCGUGCCAUCGUCUACCUGAAGUACGUCGUCGUUGCCUUAACGAUUCUCUUGCCAGCUGCAGUUCGCCUGGAGCUUCUUUUUCUGCUGGGUUGCUUCACGUCAGCUCUUUCACUCGUCGUCUUGACUUUUCUGGAAUUCUUGGCACUUCGCGCCCCUCUGCUCGCGCUGCAGCGGUCCCUUCGCAGUCGUACCACGUUGAGCGGGGCUCCCUCGGGGAAGAUGCUCUUUGCGGCGAGCACCCUGCGUCGCUUUCAAGUCGCCGUCCUGCUCAGCAACUCGGUCUCCCAGUGGGCCCUUACUUUUUUCUCUUUUGAAGUCUUGGGCAACUCAACCAUCGCCUUCUACGUGUUGAUCACGGCCUUGACGAACGGCUUCGUCCGGGAGUACAUCGCCCUCACAACCGUUGACUACAGCUCCCUGCUGAAUGCAGUUGGACUUGCUAUCGGCCUUGCGAUUCUCACAGGCUCGCUGAAUGUCCCGAAACUUGGUUCUCCAAUACCCUAA